AUGGCGACCAAGACAAUCCAUGGUAAUUCGCAAUUCCAGAAGCGCCACCAUCAGCGCUGGACGUGGGAGUCUACCAAUAGAGAGUACCAUAACGAAAUAGACCACAUCAUAGUAAAUAGGUUUUGCCUAACCGAUGUCGCUGUUGUCCCAGAACUCUACACGGGAUCAGACCAUCGUCUCCUUCGUGCAAGAUCUUAUUUCUUGCGGAAAGGAGAAAAAGCCGCUAAAUUCAAAAACCGAAGUCCCAGAAUCACCACAAACUGGGACUUAUUCAGUUCAUUAGUCGGCCGUUGGGAAGAUGCUGUUGUCGAUAACAUCGACGAAGAAUACGAUCGGCUCAGACAAUAUCUUCACGUUAGCGCUAUGAAAGCUCAUGGUUCGGAACUCACCAAGAGACGCCUGUCUCCAGAAACACUCGAGCUGAUGCGCCAGCGUGGAAUCGCACGAGGUGCAGACAACAGCGAACUAAUGUCCGAGCUUGCAAAACAGUGCAGACAAGCAACAAAAGAUCUUAAAGAGAGAAGAGCAGCAGUAAUGACCGAAGCUCGAGAGGCUAGAAAAAGCAUUCGCAAAGCGCACCUAAGCUUCGCCAAUUACAAGACCAAGAUGAUUGCACUCCGACGCCCAGACGGAACAGUUACCGCGUCCAGAAAGACAGUGGAGAAAAUCACUCACGAAUACUACUCAGAUCUCUUUGAUAGUCACGUCCACCUUCCGUCAUAUGAAAUAAAGGAGGAUGGAUAUGUUGUACCACCGGUUUUCCCUUCCGAAAUCCUGCCGUUUCGUCGGUGA